AUGAAGCUCUAUAUGGCAGCCAUUCUGGCCAUAUCGUUCCUUGACAUCUUCAAUGAAGGCAUUAUGAGAGGAAGCUUUGGUUCUCAGAUGAUGCCACUGGACUCCUGUUUAGACUUGCACACGGAAGAAUUAGACAUCAGAAGACUUUCUGGUUAUGAAGAACAAGAGAGACCAUUUAAAGCUGUGAUAUUUGUAACCAAGAAAGGAUUUCGAAUCUGUGUGCCUCAUGAUCUCCUCUGGGUUCAGAACACCAUCGAGAUCUUGAACCAAGGAACCAAGCCUAGACCACCCAAAAGAAAGAAAUACCCAUCUAAACGCAGGGCCAGGCCUACAUCUAGACCUAAGGCCAGGACCAGCUAA